CGUUUUCAUUGGCUCCCAUGAAAGGUCCAGAUCCAGCGCACUUCAAUGGACCCCCAGGGCAUCCUGAAGGCAUUUCCCAAGCGAAAGAAAAUUCAUGCAGAUCCAUCAUCAAACGCACUUGCAAAGAUUCCCAAAAGGGAGGCAGGAGAUGCUAGAGGAUGGCUGAGCUCCCUGAGGGCCCACAUUAUGCCCACUGGCAUUGGGCGAGCCCGGGCUGAACUCUUUGAGAAGCAGAUUAUCCAGCAUGGUGGCCAGGUGUGCUCUGCCCAGGCCCCAGGAGUCACUCACAUUGUGGUGGAUGAAGGCAUGGACUAUGAACGGGCUCUCCGGCUCCUCAGACUGCCCCAGCUGCCCCCUGGUGCUCAGCUGGUGAAGUCAGCCUGGCUGAGCUUGUGUCUACAGGAGAAAAAGCUGACAGACACGGACGGAUUCAGCCUUUCCAGCCCUAAGAGGUCCUUGAAUGAACCACAGCCCAGCAAGUCAGGCCAAGAUGCUUCUGCUCCUGGCACUCAGGGGGUUCUACCCAGGACAACGCUCUCUCUUUCCCCUCCUUGUACCAGAGCUGUAUCUCCUCCCCCAAAGGCAGAAAAGCCACCAAAAACCCAAACCCAGCUCAGCUCAGAGGAUGAAGCCAGUGAUGGGGAAGGGCCCCAGGUUAGCUCAGCAGAUUUGCAAGCCUUGAUCAGUGGGCACUACCCCACUCCCCCUGGGGAAGAUGGUGGGCCUGACCCAGCCCCAGAAGCUCUGGGUAAGUGGGUCUGUGCACAGCCCUCAAGCCAGAAGGCAACUAAUUACAACCUGCACAUCACAGAGAAGCUCGAAGUGCUGGCUAAAGCCUACAAUGUCCAGGGAGACAAGUGGAGGGCUCUGGGCUAUGCCAAGGCCAUCAACGCCCUCAAGAGCUUCCACAAGCCUGUCAGUUCCUACCAGGAGGCCUGUAGCAUCCCAGGAGUUGGCAGGCGAAUGGCAGAGAAGGUCAUGGAGAUCCUGGAGAGUGGGCAUCUGCGGAAGCUGGACCACAUCAGCGACAGCGUGCCUGUCUUAGAGCUCUUCUCCAACAUCUGGGGAGCCGGGACGAAGACUGCCCAGAUGUGGUACCAUCAGGGCUUCCGAAGCCUAGAAGAUAUCCGAGGCCUGGCCUCCCUGACCGCUCAGCAGGCCAUUGGCUUGAAGCACUAUGAUGACUUCCUGGACCGCAUGCCCAGGGAGGAGGCUGCAGAAAUUGAGCAGAUGGUCCGAGUAUCAGCCCAGGCCUUCAACCCUGGGCUGCUGUGUGUGGCCUGUGGCUCUUUCCGUCGAGGGAAGGUGACCUGUGGGGAUGUAGAUGUACUUAUUACUCACCCCGACGGCCGGUCCCACCAGGGCAUCUUCAGCCCACUCCUCGACAGCCUUCGGCAGCAAGGGUUCCUCACAGAUGACUUGGUGAGCCAGGAGGAGAAUGGCCAGCAGCAGAAAUACCUGGGUGUGUGCCGGCUCCCAGGGGCCGGGCAGCGCCACCGGCGACUGGACAUCAUCGUGGUGCCCUACAGUGAGUUUGCCUGUGCCCUGCUCUACUUCACCGGCUCUGCCCACUUCAACCGGUCCAUGAGAGCUCUGGCCAAGACCAAGGGCAUGAGCCUGUCAGAGCAUGCCCUUAGUGCUGCUGUGGUCCGGAACAGCCAAGGUGUCAAGGUCGGGGCUGGACAAGUGCUGCCCACCCCCACAGAGAAGGACGUCUUCAAGCUCUUAGGCCUGCCCUACCGAGAACCGGCUGAACGGGACUGGUGACAUAGGGUUUGGGCAAGGGAAGCCACGUUGGAUGAACUAACUGCCUCAUCUGCCACCCUCUUAGCUUUGCCUCACUCUGUCCGUCACCACUUGCCCUUACUGAGCCAAGCUAGGAGCUCUAGGGCCUGUAGGAAAGAGCCAGUCUGAUUGUGAGCCUGCCAGCUCUCUCCUGGACAGGAUCAUGCUGCGGUCCCCUCUGCUCCCCUCUGCUCCCUGUUCAAGCACAGCAGGUGGCUGGUUUCAAGCUGGUUUCCUGUACUGCAGGCCUGGUUUCCUGUACUGAAGGCCUGAGCUUCCCUUUCCACCCCAAGACUGAUGUAGACAUAGGGGGUCAGGAGAGGCUGCAGGAAGAGAGGGAGGCAGCUGUGGGCCCAGCAUCUUCUUCGGGCCUUCACGGUAGAGAAAGCUAUGUGGAUUCCCUCACCCGCCCACUUCCUGUGCAGCUGGAGCUGCUGGGGGUGGCCUGCCCAGACUCUGUGAGAGUGGCUUCUAAGGGCCCUGGAGCCUAAUAAAGUGCUUCUGACAUUCAA